AUGACAACACCACGCGAACACCGUCCCAACGACACUGUUGAGUUAUUACCCUUGAAGUCGGCGCUAGUCAACAACAAUUAUAAAGAUGAAGACGCGUAUUAUCCGCCAGCUCUCAACAACAAUCCUUCGAGCUCCAACCUCUAUGAUUAUACGUUAUUGUCGAAGAGGACGCCGGCCUCUAAAAGAUUACUAUCGCGCACCCAACAGCCAACGCCGACGCCGAUGUUGACGUUAUGCGGCGCGCCGCCCCCCUCAAGGAAACGAGAGGAGUUGACCGCGCUCGCCAACCUCAGGAAGAAGGUGUCGCCUGCAUUGCUGCAGCCAGAAAGGAACGCCUACAAAAAUGACAACGAACAGAACAAGGCCACUAUCGAAGAGCCUUUAGACAACAGGCCUAAACUUUUACAAAAGGUUCUGCAGUCUAGGCCAGUGAGCAUGGUGGUGCAAUGGAGCGAGGUCCGCACAGCUUGGCAAGACAGCGACUUUAUCACGGAGUGUUUGUGCUGGCACAACGUUUAUCGCCAACGUCACGGCUCCCCGCAGCUCUAUAUGGCACCUGAGCUAUGCGACUACGCCCAAGCAUGGGCAAACCAUCUAGCCCAUACAAACAAGUUCCACUACAGGAACGACCGCGAUGUUGGUCAGAACCUGUAUCAACGGCCUGUCAGCGCUUUGCAGCCUGACGUCACAGGUCAAGAAGUGUCUUCCUAUUGGUAUGCAGCAGUACGCCAGUAUAGUUAUUUUAAAGAGCCCGAUGUUUUACACGCCAACGUUAACGCAGGUCACUUCACCCAAAUGGUAUGGGUAGCGACAACAUUCUUCGGCGUCGGAAAAGCUCGCUCCAGGGACGGCAAAGUCAUCGUCGUGGCGAAUUAUUCCCCUCCAGGCAACAUGUCCGGCCAGUUCGAAGCCAACGUCCUCCCCCCACUCCCUGAGAACUUCCCCGACAUCCCCACUCCCCCGCAACACUGACGACGGCUAUCCAUACGUGGCAGAAGGCUCAAGAUCGAUGCCACGUUUUUACAUUAAUGGUCGACAUGUUAGCUGGUUACCAUGGUUACCAGGCUGUAGUAGUCAACAGUGUUUGGAAGUAAUUUGGGGGGAAACGCAAAAAUUCAAUUAAUGUUGUGAUGAUUUUGAGAGAAUUGAGCUAGUGUGGCCUAUUGAAAAUGUAAGAUUUUGUAAAAUGUCGGUUAUUCUUCCAAAAAAUAAAAAAAUCUAACAAGAUUUUACGGAGGAAACUCUAAAGAAAGCAGUAUUUAGGUACGGAGUCUUAAGUCAAUAUGCAAAGCAAGGAGGUUACAUAGCGCAUAAAAUUCAUUCACCAUCGACACAGCAACAAGAACGCACCAAAUAGGUAUAAUAUUCCGUCUUGAAUUACGCCGCCGUCCGCUUAGAUGAGCUAAUUAUGUUCCGGUUCAAAAUAGUGCCCAAAAAGAUUCUUAUCAGUCCUCAAUACAUGGGCGUUAUAUAAUAAAAUGAAUUUCACCCUUCCCCUAUUCAUCAUAUUUUCUGUGAUAACAAAGCGGUCGCUACUCACGCAACUACAUAAAGCUCAAAGUAAUUUCAAAGAUAUUGGAAAAGAUUUAAAAUCUAUUUCGUGACCUCAGAUCAAAGAAAUAGGCCUAUGUUUCUUUGAUCUGAGUUCGUGACCAUUCUUAUAAUUUGGCAACACUGCCAUAGGGUUUAGUUAGGUAUAAUAACAAAACAACACAUUAUUGGAAGGAACCAUUAUUAUUGCUUGAUUGCGGCCACUUUAAAUUGAAAAUUGACAUCAAUUAACAAUAUCGCUUCUGUAAAUUCAAGUACCUAACUUAGAUUAACAUAAUCAUCAACCAUUAUAUUGAUGCUAAACACAGUCUAAUAUUGUAUUUGCAAAUUAAAUGAUGAACCUAGACCGGGAAAGAAAAAAUGACUCAGGAAUGUUCUUGAUAGAUGCUGUAGGUACUUAAUCUAAAUAGAACCUUGUUAUUGA